AUGAGCAAGCUUUCCCUCCUUGAAGAACGUUUCUCCAAGCUCACUCGUGACAAAGGAACAGAAAGAGACUCGCGCCUUGCCGAGGUCUGGAAGAAGUAUGCUAUGUUGGAGGAUGAAUUUCGCUCAGCUCUGCAAACAGAGGCCAUUAGGUAUGAUCAGUCACGCUUGACAAGCUUUCACUGUAACAUGAACCGUCUUGCUUCGACAAUUGCCUUUCCCCUCCUCUUCGUCCUCACCAUGAAGAAGAUAGAUAUUGCACAUGUUCUUUUUGAGCGGACAAAAAGCGCGGAGGAGAAGGCUGCUAAAAGCCAAGAAGAACUCGAGACCACAGCUGGGAAUCUCAAAUGCGCAAAAGACCUCCUGAUGAAGCUUAACACCCACCUCAAAGAAGUGAAGUUAGCGUUACAGCAAGAGAAGAAGAAGUUUGGCGUCUCGACACUAAUUCAUAAGGUCGGUUACCUCUAG